AUGAAAACUAACAAAAAAUUACAAAAUAGCUAUUCAACAAACUUCUGCUUGGUCUACAAGAAAACUUUGAUCGACCUGAAAUGGGUAAGCUCAAAGUCACAAGCUUUAAGAGAAAUUAAUGAAACCCAAGAAGAUGAAAUUUCCAGAAAACAAGUAGCUAGAUUCAAGAAGAAUAACAGAGACAAAAUCAUCAAGAGGAAAAGAAACAAAAAGAAAAGGAAAGAAGAACACACAUCAGCUUUUAAGAGAUUUCACAAUCAGAGAAAGAGAGUAGAGAAGGGAAGAAGAAAAUCGGAGGAGAGAAAGUGAUUGUUUAGACGGAAAACAAAAAGGCGAAGAAGGGAAGAAGAAACUUUACCAGAAGAAACUUUGACGUACGGACGUUGGGGAUGGACAAGUAAAGGCAUAAGAAGCCAAGCGAAGUCUAUCACAUGGAAGAGAGAAAGAGAGAGAGGGAGAGAGAAAAAGAAAGGAUUUUGGCAGAUAGAUUGCUCAGUUGUGAAACAGACAAAGUAGAAAGGUAG